CAAUCUUCACUUUCAGUUUCCUUUUCCUCACACUGGAUGAUGCAAUAGACAGGAGGAGGAGUUUGUUAGGGGAAGACCCAUUAAAAACAAGAAUCCAGAAGAUUUCUGGCUAAACAGAAACAGAGCCACAUUCUGCAGUGGUCUGUGCAGAGAUCCCGCAGGCAAGCCAAAUCAGUAAAAACGAAACAAGUCAUCAAUAGUCAUGAUGCUCAACACCUCGAGAUCUGUGAGGAAAAAUGUUCAAGAUGGAAAUGAAAAUAUGUCAGCAAUGAAUGCAGUGACUCCUCCACUCACACUUAUAUUAAUUGGGAACAAAAAUUCCAUUGAGAUUGGAUCGAAAAAUAUCUUACUGGACCAUGACCAGGAGAUACAUGAGAAAGAGUUUUCAUCAAGACUCUAUGACCUAUUGGGUCGUCAGAUCUCUGUAAUUAAUCUGCUUGGGUUUCCAAGAUUUGACAUGAUUCCAGUAAUUCCAGAACAUCGUGCCUUUAUCUUGCUGGUAUCAAAUGACCAGCAUGAAAACCAGUAUACAUCUGGACUGCAGUGGUUAGAAAAAACACUGGGAAAGGAGCACAGCUCUCAUGUGAUGACAGUUGUGACUCAAGAUGACUCAGAUGAAAAUAGUGAAAAUGAACUUCAGAACCUGAAAGCAAAGAGCAGUUUUUCUGAAAAAAGAUACCAUACAUGUACAAGAAGUAUGAUGGACAUAAAUGAGAUAAUAACCCUUCUGGAAAAAAUAGAUGCUAUGGUUUUUGAAAGUAGACGAAUGACUGAAGGAAAAGAAACCAAUCUAGAUGAAACAUUGAGAACAGCUGACGAGACAGAGAGUCCCGAUGAAGCUGAGGAUGCUUUUGAGUAUUUCAUGGAGGAGGAAAACCGCAUAUCCAGAUUAGCAGAAGUCAAUCCUGGACAAUAUCAAUCAUCAGAAAAAGGACAAGAAAAAGAGAGCGAAAAUAAAUUAAAGGCAAGUUUUGACAAUGAAGGUUCACACAUGAAUGAUGACAGCAGAGAACAAAGCAAGGAAGCAGGACAAAAGAAGAGUGAAACUGAGACUAGAGAACAUGUUGAUGGUAAAGACUUGGAGAUGAAUGGUGAAGAUGGAGGAAAAAAGUCUGGAAUCAACACUUGGGAACCAAGCCAGGAACCAUCCACACAACCUCCAACCAUUUCUGGAGCCCUUCAGAUGAAAGGGAACAAAGAAAAGCCGUUAUACAAUUCUUCAGGAGAACAUGAACAAAUAAUCUCAAGAGAGACUAAAGCGCUGUUUGAAAGGCUUGAACUUAGGAACAAAUGGUCCCCAGCAGAAUUUCUUAAAACAGGUCCACCUAUCAAGCAGACCAAUGAUGUUUUGGAGAAAGAUCUAGUUUGUACUUUUCUUCAGAGGCUAUGGACAUUAGAUUAUAGAGCCAGAUACAUCGCUGUGCGAAUUGCUUCAGAUGUGAGCGAUUCAAAGGCUGUUCAAGUGACCAAAAACAAGGAUACAGAUAAAGGUGACUUUGGUGCUCUUUACAGCACUAACACGGAGUCAGAUCAGUCAAAAGAGAAUCAUGUUCACCCAAUGGAUGUUCAAAUGGCAGUAUUUCACUGCUCAGACAGCUUCCUUAAACAGAAAAUGAUCACAAAGUUGUCACAGUGUCAGUAUGCCUUACCACUGCUUGUUCCUGAUCCUCUCACAUCAAAUAUUGAGUGUCCUUUGUGGACAUUCAGACAAUUAACAAAAACAUGGAAAAUAAGCACAAUCAAAGAAAACACAACCACCGUCACCAUGAAGAGCAUGCCAAUCUACAAAGCUCAGACUCCCAUGGUUUCAUUUUUCCGACUGGGCUCCAUGUCUUUGUCCAAAUCUCAGCUGAUGAAUGCCUUGAUCAACGACCGCCACGACACAUUCUUCCACAGAAACUGUAAAGGCAGCACCAAAUCUCGUCAUUUGAUGGAUGGGGUGGCAGAGAUUGCCUGGUACUGUCCUGCUGGAAAACCCAAUGAUUUCUUUACCGACUGCAUUGCCUUCUGUAAUCUUCAUGGGGAUUCUCUAGUAAAUGUAAAACAGUGUGAAAUCCUGACUGAAAUGUCUUCAGUCAUUGUUGUUCUUGUGCCAACUCUGGACAAAAGCCAGGAGAGCAGUGUAGUUAUAGAGACACUGUACAAGUCUUCAAAGCCUCUAAUCAUUCUCAUUGCUGACAAUGAGUGUAGUGCAGUUCACAUGGAACCUCAAAAAUACAAACUGGGUCUGAAAGAAAGGAGCCAGACGAAUGUUUCUGAAGAACUAAAAAAGAUUAUAAAAAGCCUUUUGUCUGGACCCCACACAUCCUUCAGACUGGAAACUAUGGCCAAAGACUCUGGGGUCAAAGUAGAUGAAGAUCAGAAAAUCUGCCAGGAAGGGAAAUCUGCUGCAAUGAAACUAGUUCAAUUGGUUAAAGGGAUGGACGUUGCCAAAAUCAAAGAUACAUUUCUCCCCUGCCAAGGUCAACUUUGGUAUGACUGGUGCAAAAUCAAUAAAGAGUUGCAUCAUCUAAAGGGAGACAUUGAGAGAGAAAAGGCCCAGAAGACUCAUCAGCUGAUGGAACUACGAGAGAAACAGUGUAAAGUGUCCAAUAGUAAACUGAUGAGGUUGUUCACUCAGAGCCUCCAGAGUUUGCCACCAAAAGAAAGAGAAUAUUUCCUGACAUGGACUCAGAUCCUCAUAGAUGCCCUCUCCACAGAUGAUCUUCCUUUAAUUCUCCAAAAAUAUGAUGAAACAUGGUCAGAGGUCUUGGUCUUGAAGAAGAAACAUGACAAAUCUGAUCUAUUAAAACACAAACAAACUGAGCUUGAACUGUUGUCCAAAAAGCUUCAAUCAGCAACCUUUGGUCUGGAACACAUCUUCAGAGAGAUGGGGCAGAUCUAUGAAGCUCAUCAAACUCUGAGGAAACUAUCACUGAGCCGACAGCCUGAUUGGACUAAAUACCCUGAGCUGGCUGCAGAUCUGAUGAUAUCAGGACACCCGAUGGAGCUGAUGGAUGGGGAUGCAGGCCAUGUGCCUUUGAUAUGGAUCUCUAGUCUCUUAAAAGAAGUCAUCCAGAAACUUGGUGACCAGAGAGUCUUUGUGCUGUCAGUUCUGGGUGUACAAAGUAGCGGAAAGUCAACGAUGCUGAACGCCAUGUUUGGCCUGCAGUUUGCAGUCAGUGCUGGGAGAUGCACCAAGGGUGCCUACAUGCAACUGGUUAAACUGUCAGAGGAAAUCAAGGACAACUACAAGUUUGACUACAUUCUAGUUGUGGACACUGAAGGACUGCGAGCUCUUGAGUUAGCAGGUAAUGCUACCCUUCAUCAUGACAAUGAACUUGCAACAUUUGUUGUUGGUCUGGGAAACAUGACACUGAUCAACAUUUUUGGUGAGAAUCCAGCUGACAUGCAAGAUGUCCUACAGAUUGUUGUGCAGGCUUUGAUGAGGAUGAAGAAAGUUGAGCUUUCUCCAAGUUGUGUGUUUGUCCAUCAGAACGUCACAGAUAUUACAGCAGCAGAGAAAAACAUGGAUGGAAAGAGACGACUGCAAGAAAAACUGGACAAGAUGACUCAACUUGCUGCCAAAGAGGAAGUGUGUGAUGUUGAGUGCUUCAGUGAUGUCAUCGCAUUUGAUGUGCAAAAAGAUGUAAAAUAUUUUGCUCAGCUGUGGGAGGGAAGUCCACCAAUGGCUCCUCCAAAUCCAGGUUAUAGUGAAAGUGUCCAAGAACUGAAGUCCAUCAUCUUGUCUAAAGCCAAAGAGUCCACUGGGAUCACUCUGUCACAUUUCAACAACAAAAUCCAAGACCUGUGGAACGCCUUGAUGAAUGAACAAUUUGUUUUUAGUUUCAAAAACACCCAAGAAAUUGCAGUUUACAGAAAACUGGAGGUCCAGUAUGGGAACUGGACUUGGGCCCUGAGGAGUGAGAUGCUGAACAUUGAAAACCAACUUUAUCCUAGAAUUGAAAAAGGCCAACUGGACAAAGUUGAGCUCAGUUACCUUAAUAAAGAAAUGAGUGAAACAUAUGAAGAAGUAACAAAAAGUAUGUCAGAUUACUUUGAAGAUGACAAAGACAAAGAGUUGUUGGUUCAGUGGCGGGGCCAAUUUGAGAACAAAAUCAAAGAGUUUCAUGAAGAACUUGUGAGAGGAGUGAAAAGAAAACUGGAUGAAGUUAUUGAGCAGAACAAUGCUAGAAAAAAGCUUGACAACAAAAAGACAGAGUUUGAAAACAAUCUACUCCAGAAGAGCAAAGAGCUCGCUCACCACUUAAAAUGCAUUGAUGAUGAAGAGAAACUAGAAGCACAGUUCAACGAUGUUUGGAGUCACUGGGUUAAGGAAUUAACCUCUGAUACAAAACCCAUCGAGAACAUAAACUUGGAGAAAGAUCAGCUAGUUGUCCUUCAAGAACUUGGUGUUGAACGUGGACUCAUUGAUGAGUCAAAAAGAAGUGAGAGAUACAAAAAUCUAUCAAAUACUGGAGUUUAUUCUCAUUACAAAAAUGCUGUGCGCAAGGACUGA